AUGGCUCCAACAAAAGACUUCAACAUCGCAGUGGUCGGCGGCGGCAUCGCCGGCCUAACCCUCGCCAUCGCUCUGCACCAUCGCGGCAUCCCAGUGAAAUUGUACGAAAGAGCAUCAAAAUUUGAAGAGAUUGGAGCUGGUGUAUCAUUCACGCCAAAUGCAGUCCGGGCCAUGGAGUUCUGCCACCCUGGCGUACACGAAGCUUUCGAGAAGGUCUGCACGCGCAACAGCUGGCCGUCAAAGCAGAAAGUCUGGUUCGACUUUGUCGAUGGCACCAAGGAUGAAGGCGCCGGAUUUACCAUCAACAGCAGUCUGGGGCAGAAUGGCGUCCACAGGGCUCAUUACCUCGACGAGUUGGCCAAGCUAUUCCCAGAAGACCAAGCUGUGUUUGGCAAAUGCUUAGACAGUAUCACUGAGAGCGAUGGAAAGGUGACAAUGUCAUUCGCAGACGGGACAACCGCCUCUGCUGAUGCCGUUAUUGGCUGUGAUGGAAUCAAGUCUCGUGUACGACAAUUGGUCGUCGGCCUUGAUCACCCUUCAGCACACCCAACGUACUCUUACAAGUACGCUUACCGAGGCAUGGUGCCUAUGGAAAAGGCAGUUGAAGCCGUCGGGGAGGAAAAGGCACGCAAUGCCACAAUCCACAUGGGCAAAGGUGGCCAUGUCCUCACAUUUCCUGUCGACCAUGGCCGAAAGCUCAACAUCGUAGCCUUUCGCACAUCACCAACAGACUGGGAAGACUACAGCAGAACAACCAGUGUUGCAAGCCGCCAAGAUGCCCUGAAGGACUUUGCCGGCUACGGGUCAGCCGUCACUGGGCUGCUAAGCUUGACUGAAGAACAACUCAAAGUUUGGGCCAUCUUUGACCUCGGAGACCACCCGGCCCCGACCUUCCACAAGGGUCGAGUCUGCAUCGCUGGAGACGCCGCCCACGCAACAUCACCCCAUCACGGCGCCGGAGCAGGAUUCUGCAUCGAAGACAGCGCAUUCCUAGCAGAGCUACUCUCCAGCGUCGACAGCUCCCGAGAUCUUCCCUCCGUGUUCGAAACAUUCGACGAGUGUCGCCGGGAGCGGUCACAGUGGCUUGUGCAGAGCAGCAGAUGGAUUGGAGACUGUUAUGAGUGGCUGGCAGACGGUAUUGGUAGCGACAUGGCCAAGAUUGAGAGUGAGAUCAACGAGAGAAACGGUAUUAUUGCGAAUUUUGACCUUGAAGGGGAGGUUGCACAGGCCAAGGGGGAUCUUCAAAAGAGGUUGGAUCAUUGUUACAAGCUAUGA